UAUUAUGAAUGUGCCAGUUGAUGAAGGGUUGCUUCUCUCCAUGCUUCUAAAGAUUAUGAAUGCAAAGAAGACGUUGGAGUUGGGAGUGUUCACUGGAUAUUCUCUACUGACCACUGCUCUUACCCUUCCUGCGGAUGGCAAAAUAACUGCAAUCGAUCCAGAUAAAGAAGCCUAUGAAGUUGGAUUGCCGUUCAUUCAAAAGGCCGGAGUGGAGCAUAAGAUUGACUUCUUUCACUCAGAUGCCUUCUCAGUCCUAAAUGAUCUCAUCAACAAUGGCAAGGAAGAAGGGAGCUUCGAUUUUGCAUUUGUGGAUGCGGACAAGGAAAACUACAUCAACUAUCACGAGCUGCUAGUAAAGCUGGUUAAAGUUGGUGGGAUAAUAGCUUACGAUAACACACUGUGGUUUGGUUCGGUUGCGGAACCGGAGGAGACGGUGGAGGAACCUUUAAGGCCAGGAAGAAAACAUCUGAUUGAGCUCAACGAGAUUCUGGCAGGCGAUUCUCGUGUUGAACUAGCUUUCGUUUCUAUUGGGGAUGGCCUUAGCUUAUGCAGGCGCCUCUGCUGA